UAGAGGGGAUAGCGAUAUAAGCAGACCACGGACAUUGUGUCCGUGAAGCAGACUUAUCGUGUUGAUCCUUGUCAGUUCUCAGUUUAUCAGAAGUCUCAUUGCGUGUGGCACAGUGGAAUAAUUGAUGAUAAAUAGACUUUUUAAAUAUCGCACGUUCACGUCUUUGAGUCGUAUAAAACAACAGCAAACCUAUAAGUUUUUUCCAAAAUCGUUUUGUAUUAUUCAUCGGGAACAAUUAAGCACGAUGGUGAAAGCAAAGAAAUACGUCGUAGUUAAACAUUUCGAAGGUGAACCAAAACCAACAGAUUUACAAUUGGUCGAGGAAGACUUACCAGCUCUUCAGAAUGGAGAAUUCCUUGUUCAGGCAGAGUACCUUUCUGUUGAUCCUUACAUGCGUCCUUAUAUUUUAAGAUACCCGUUAGGUAUUACAAUGAUCGGCGGACAAGUGGCUAAAAUUAUUGAAUCAAAGAAUCCCGAUUAUCCAGUUGGAAAAAGGAUUGUUGCCUACUUGGGAUGGAGGACACAUACAGUUGUUAAUUUACAGACAUUCUCUAAAGGAGAUUUUGUAUCACAAAGACCCUAUCUCUUACCUGAUAUAGGGGAUCUUUCACCGUCGUUAGGUUUAGGAGUUUUAGGAAUGCCAGGAAAUACAGCAUACUUUGGACUUCUAGAGAUUUGCAAGCCAAAACAAGGUGAAACUCUUGUCGUAAGUGGAGCUGCAGGAGCUGUUGGUUCUCAUGUUGGUCAAAUAGGAAAAAAUGUUUUUGGACUGAAUGUUGUUGGUAUUGCUGGCUCCGAUGAUAAAUGUAAAUGGCUUGUUAACGAGUUUCAUUUCGACUCUGCUAUUAAUUAUAAAACAGACAAUAUUGCAGCUGCAUUAAGAAAAGCUGCACCAAAAGGAGUUGAUUGCUAUUUUGAUAAUGUUGGGGGAGAUAUUUCCACUACAGUUAUGUAUCAAAUGAAACCUUUUGGUCGGGUGGCUGUGUGUGGAAGCAUUUCUUCAUACAACUCUGACGCUUCGUCUUUGCCAAAAACAACUAUUCUCCAACCAGCUAUUGUGUUUAAUCAAUUAAAAAUAGAAGGUUUCAUUGUGCAACGUUGGGGUGAUCGUUGGUUAGAAGGCAUGAAGAAAAAUCUGCAAUGGAUAAGAGAAGGAAAACUUCAACAUCAAGAAACUGUUACAAAAGGAUUUGAAAAUAUGUUUGAUGCAUUUGUUGGCAUGUUACAGGGUAAAAAUAUUGGUAAAGCUGUUGUUCAAGUUUGAGGAAAAAUAUUUAUUUGGAAAAAUAUGAUGUUUUUAAUAAUAUCAUUAUAUAUCUUUUAA